AGUAGCUAGACUCUAACCUACUUUUCUAGAGCCUCAAGUUAUAAAUAUAACACUAAUAUAUUCCAUCAUCUUAUCGAUACAAAAAAUGCUAGAACUUACCAAUAGUAGUAGGAGAAUUAUAGAAAUGGAAAUGGAAUCAUCAUCAAACGUAGGAGAAAAUACAUCAUAUAAUGUUGAGGAUUGUAAGUACAAACGAAGACACAAGAGAAAAAAGAAAAUAUGUAUGUUUAUUCUAUGUGCCUAUAUGCUUGUUAUUAUAACCUCUACUAUCUUGAAUUUCACUGUUUUUAAGCCCAAACGCCCUACAAUCACCCUCACUUCCAUCACUCUCGAGGACCUGGCCGUGUCUGUCGACGCGGCCAGGUUCAAGGUCAACUUCAACAUCACCAUGAAUGGAAGUGUCUCCAUUGAGAACCCUAACAGGGUUAGUUUUCAAUACGAAGACAUCAACCCUUAUAUUGAAUAUGGAGGCCAAGAAAUCGGAGAUGUUCACAUCCCGGCGGGGAACAUCGGGGCACGGACCACGACAACGAUGAAUUUCACGUUGAUAAUUAUGGCGGAUCAGAUAUCGUCGAAUCCUAAUUUAUUUUCAGACGUAGUUGAAAAGGGGAUGUUGCAAUUAACUCUUUACAUCAAAUUGAAGGGCAAAGUAAAACUAAAUGUGUUGUUUAAAAUCAAGUUCAAAGUUUCCUCUAGAUGUGAUUUGUCCUUGGAUAUACGCAAUGGAACUCUUGCUAACCAAUCUUGUCACUCUAAGAUUAAGUUAUAGGUUGAAUGUACGGGAGACAUAUUUAGAAUUUGAAUUUUAUAAGUUUUGAAUUUUAA